AUGAAUAUUGACUUCAAACCUGUGUUUUUGACCAAUGGCAGCCGCGACCUGUUAUCUGAGUGGAAAAGUGCCAUUUCCAUCGAGUCCAACGAUUCCAAAAACUCCAAAACCGCCUUAAAUGACCAUUCUAUCGUUUUACCGCCAAGACAAAAACCCUUAUUGUUCAAGAUCGUGCUGUCUUCAAGCGAGAACAAACCGGUGUCCAGAAGUGUGUCUCAAGCACUCGUUGACGGGUUCCAACAAUGUUUGCAAUUCUGGCAUGAUCUGCAUUAUCGCGCCGGAGUUUGCAUUGUUGAUGAUAACAGUGUUGUUCUGACGUUGGAAUGCUUGGUUUUCACUGUGAUGAAGACCAAAAACCUACUGGAACAACCACUUUCCGUUCUCAAGCACAUGGAUGAGCAUCUGGUGACCGUUUCAGCGCUCACAGUGCACGCAACAUUCACCAGCUCGUCCCCACCAGAAAUUGACGCCGUCAAGCAUUGCAAUUUCUUCCUGGUGUCUCUGCUCAUAUCGCAACUCGAGUUCCAGUUCCCACUGGUUUUUUCGCGAGUGUGUCGUCUCAGAUUCCUGCAACAAGAAGCAUCGUUGGGUCCUGUGUCCUAUGCGUUGACCAAUUCGGCGUCCAUGGUUCCCAAGCUGAUAAAGAUCAUUUCCAAUGACAAGACGGCAACCACUUGUUGUCGCAUGGUUCAAAUAUCUAGCGAUCGACGCAAACUGGUUCGCCUGCUUAAAUUCAAAAACGGAACUUCCCCGGUUCAAAUCCUCAAACGUUCUUGUACUUAUACUUCAGACCACGCAAGUUGCUGA